AUGGUGCUCAAGUCUACAACCGCCAACAACGUUUCGGUGUACCAGAUUUCCGGUACAAAUGUGGCCAGGUCGUUGCCGGACUGGAUUGCUCGGAAACGGAAACGGGCGCUCAAAAACGACCUCGAUUACCAGAACCGUGUGGAGCUGAUCCAGGACUUUGAGUUCAGCGAGGCCUCGAACCGCAUCCGGGUCACCAAGGACGGCAAGUACGCCAUGGCCACGGGAACAUACAAGCCGCAAAUUCACGUGUACGAUUUUGCGAACCUGUCGAUGAAGUUUGAGCGGCACACCGACUGCGAGAACGUGGAUUUUGUUCUUCUCAGUAAUGACUGGACAAAGUCGAUUCAUCUGCAGAACGACCGGUCGAUCGAGUUCCAGGUGAAGGGUGAGAUGCAUUACAGAACGCGGGUGCCGAAGUUUGGCAGAACUCUGGCGUACAACGACGUGAACUGCGACCUUUACGUGGGAGCUGCCGGGAACGAGAUCUACCGGCUGAAUUUGGAGCAGGGCCGGUUUUUGCAGCCUUUUGAGGUGGAGAGUGAGACCGGUGUGAAUAUCGUGGACAUCAACGAUGUUCACGGACUGGUUGGAGCUGGUCUGGAGGACGGCACGGUGGAGUUCUGGGACCCCAGAGCGCGGCAGCGGGUGGUGAAGAUGCAGGUCGUGGACGGGGCAGACAGCUCCAGCACGCAGGUGACGGCGUUCAAGUUCCGUAACGACGGGCUGAACAUGGCCGUGGGCACGUCGAACGGCAUCUCGCUGCUGUACGAUCUGCGUCGGUCGCAGCCGUUGAUGACCAAGGACCAAGGUUAUGGGUUCCCAAUUAACAAGAUAACUUGGCUCGACGAUAACUCGAGUGUGAGCAACAAAAUCAUGACAUCGGACAGAAAAAUCGCCAAGAUCUGGGACAGAAACGACGGAGACCUGUUUGCCAGCAUGGAGCCCAGCGUCGACAUCAACGACGUUGAAUACAUUCCGGACUCGGGCAUGUUUUUCAUGGCCAACGAAUCCAUUCCUAUGCACACAUACUAUAUUCCUGCUUUGGGACCUGCUCCCAAAUGGUGUUCGUUCCUGGACAACAUUACCGAGGAGCUCGAGGAAAAGCCCUCGGACACAGUGUACUCGAACUACAGAUUCAUCACCAAGCAGGACGUUGCGCGGCUCAAUAUCUCGCAUCUUAUUGGGACCAAAGUUAUGCGUGCUUACAUGCACGGUUAUUUCAUCGAUACAGAGCUGUACGAUAAGGUGAACCUGAUCGCCAAUCCGAACUCGAUCCAGGACCAGCGGGAGCGCGAGAUCAAGAAGCGUCUCGAGAAAGAGAGAGAGUCGCGGAUCCGCAGCACAGGAGCCAUCACCAACACCAAAAUCAAGGUCAACAAGGAUUAUGCUACCAAAUUGGGCCAGAAGCUUGGUGCAGAGACUGCGGAAGGUGUUGUCAACGACGACCGUUUCAAGGAGAUGUUCGAAGACCCUAUGUUCCAGAUUGAUGAGGAGUCUCACGAUUACAAGCAGUUGAACCCGGUGCAAGGGUCGAAGCCACUGACGGCUGCCGAGGAGUCGGACGAGGAGAGAAUGAAGCCGGAGAACUCUGACGAAAGCGAGAGCGAGAGUGAGGACGAGAGCGAAACCGAAAGCGAGGACGAGGCCACUGUCCAGAAGCGCAAGGAGAUCCAGAAGAAGCAGGACCAGCGACUCAGACAGGAGCUCGAGAAGGAGGAGUAUCUGAAGAGUUUGCAGACCGUUUCUAUGAAACCACUGGACGCUGCUGCAGAGCUGAACGGCAAGACUGACGGCAAGAGUUUGUCGUUCGGAAAACGGCUGAACGAGGCCAAUAAGUCGCGCGAGGAGCACAGAGCAGAGAAGCAGGGCGUGCGGAUGCACAAGAACGUGCAGGGCGACGCUGAGAUCAGCUACGUGCCGCAGAAAAAGAAGAAGGUGGUGCGUAUCGAGAGCACCGAGUCCAGAGGCAAGACCAAGCAGAACUACGAGGGUAGAAGACGUGCCAGUAAAAACGCAUUCAGAGGCAUGUAG